GAACGGAACAACCUUCAGUGGGGCGAUGUAGUCAUGCCAAAGAGGAACAAGUCCCAAGCGUCGUCACGAGGCACGGCAGUCCUGCGGAACAUCCGAAGUUACCUCAAGGAGACCACGGUCCAUGGCUUCCGUUAUGUAGCUGAUGGAGCUAACAUCUUCGAACGACUCUUUUGGGUGAUUUGGAUCACGUUUGGCUUCUGUGGCUCCUAUUACAUGGUGAGCCAAUCAAUCAAAGAAGGUCGAGAAAAUCCGAUCCUGACCACCAUAGACACAGCUUCGGUGACUACGGUGCCAUUUCCCGCUGUCACCGUGGAUGGAGGUAGCUUGAUGAACCCAUGGGGACAUAUCACCAAGUUGUACAACCAAGUGGAAUUCGAGUGCUAUGACGAUCCCAACAAUUGCAACCAUACCCAGGCUCUUCGAGAUGAUUUUUCAACGGUUAUCGAAGGCUACGUGGCCCGCAUAUUUGCUGCUCUGGAGAACUCGUUGAGGGACAAAGAUGGCCUUGGAAACCUAACCGAUCCAGAAUGUCUCAAUAUGGUCAAAAAAGGCUUUACAAGAUCCUACAAUGUGACAGCAGCUAUCUUGGCAGCUAUGGAUUGGAAAAGUCCCGAUUCAUUGGUCGAGGUGCGAAAGUGGUUGGUCGAUUUCACAGCUCAAACCUUCGCUACUUAUUACCCGAGAAAUUUUCGCCGAUAUGGUGAUUUUGGUCGUCAAAUUGAGGAGAAGGUUGAAGCCAUGAGACAAUUAGCAAAUAUCACUGAUGACGAAGUCAAGAUUUGUUUAAGUAGUAAUAAUAUGGGAUGCUGGAAAGGUUUGUCAUUAGGGCGAAAAUAUCUCUAUCCACCCUUUGCGUUUAAUCGGAUUCCAUAUCAUUCCCUUGGAUUCGGUGAAUUUCUUCAGACAUCGGUUCGGCGAGCCAUCUCAACCAAGUUGUCGGAUAGAGUGGAAAAGGGAUUCUUAAUGUCCAAAAAUCCCAGCAGUCUAGAGAAGAGAAUCAAUGGCUUGUUCAUUGACUCCUUGAACAAGAUCAUGGAAAAAGACAUUGGCAUGUCGUCCUUCGAACUUUCAUUUGCCGUUGAUCAAAGGAUAGAUGAAUCUGAGUCCACCUAUCAAGUCCCAAGAGUCAUGGGACUGUUAGAGUGUGACCAAAAGGUGUAUAAACAUAUUUGGGAAGAGUGGGAGGGGCGAAAACCUAGAAGUUCGUUCGUUCCACAAAAAGCCCCUUGCGCGAACUUGACAGAGGCAGAACUCUUAGGCUUUGAAGGAUGUUGCCAGAUCAAAGAAUUGUACGAUUCUAUGUCCAGACAAGUCUUGAAUGUCAUGCGUUAUGCGCAGCAAGCUCCUCAUCUAUUGUCCGGCAAGAAAGAGAUGGAAGAUGUCCAAAAUGAUGCCCUGAAAGCGUUUCCCUAUCCCUUAUUGCCGAUUGAUAAUCGGGUGGCCCGGCAAAACUUAAACCCAAGAAUCCUCCAAUGUCAAUACAACAAGUACCCAAUGAACCAGUCCCCCGAAGAUUGCCAAUGGUUUGCCAGGAGCUAUACCGAUGAAGGACUAGGGUACUCCUUUAAUACCGGAUCAUUCUGGGAUAAUCAUCAACCCAACCAGUAUACCAAGGAUUUCUACGAGGUCAUGCAUCCAGACGAAAGGACCAAUUGGAGCACUAUAGCUUACCCUGAAACCAGUGGACGCGACUACGGAUUAAAGCUCACUCUCGAGCUCAACGAAUUCCUGACCGUGGCUCAAACAGUGCGCAAUCAGGGCAAAAGUUUCCCCGUGUUCAAGGUGGCGAUUCACGAUCCGGCCACACCCGCCGAUCUUCGCAGUGCCGGCAUUGAGAUUGAGCCGGGCUAUUUGUCCACUUUUUUGAUCACGCCAUCUCAAACCACGCUCUUCCGAUCUGCCAAGGAACUCGAUCCUGGC